AUGGCUACCACAGCUGUCCGAACCUAUGGAGAGGUUCACGUUCUGAUCAUUGAUUGGAAGGAAGACAGCGAACAUAGCAGGCUAUACUACGAGGAGACUGAGAUCCUUCAGACACAGCGCCUUGCGCAAAUCUUCCUUCAACACUUCAACUUCAGCGUUAGCUGCCGGCACCUCAAUCCUAAGAACGCGCAACACACCCUGCGUCGAGCAAUUACUGAGCAUAUUCAUAAUUACGACGCGCCAGCUAACCUGCUUGUGUUCUUCUGCAGCAGCCCCAGCGCCACUCGAGGCCUUGGUAUCCCAACAUCACCAGACACUGAGACACAUGUUCGACCAAGUUCUCGAUACAUGGAAGCAGCCUUGUGGGGAAGUGUACAUACAACGAUCAGGGAUGCAAUGAUGAGCGACGCAAUGGAGGGCGAUGCGUUACUCAUAUUGGAUGAUGUUUCGCUCGAAUAUGCACUCGCCGCGGGAAAGGCCGGGGGCCAUAUGUUCAAUCCUGGGCAGAUAUACCAGACCAUGGUCUCUGUCUGGAAGAUUAACGAGAAGCUUGGGUCGCAUCAGCAGUGUCUGUUGUGGGAACACUGGAUUGAAUUGGAGCCUCUGUCAAAUCAGUACAGGUUGUAUUCGCACGGCCAAGCUGUGGAAAUGCCAUAUCUACAAGAUCCUGUAUCCGAUCAGGACGGCAUUGAAGGGGUCAACAGAAGCCUGGAAUUUUCCUACAAGCUUCAAUUUACGAGACCACUUGUACACACAGUUCAAGACGCAUGCAAAACAGCUACGGAGCGCCUCGUUGGUAUUGAGUUGUCAUGGUGGCCAUUGUCCGAGCCAGAGAGAGAACUCGAGGCUUCUUGUACAAGGGUAUAUUCUCAGGCACUCAUUCAUUCAUCUACACGGAGUCCAAGCUUCUACGAUGAUAUUCCAAACUCGCUAGCCGAGAAACUCUUCGGCGAACUCGCAGCUGCACGCAGAACGGCACCAAAAUCUCGUUGGGCAACAAGGAAUCGAGAUUCUGUGAUCUUGAGCGGGACUACGUUGAUACGCCUAUUGUCCAGUUAUAAUGACAGACCAAAUCAGUCAACAGGCAAGGAGGACCAGCUGAGUCUUCCAUAUGCGUCCAAAGGCAGCCAAAAUAUCACAUCUACAGUUUCGAAAGGGAAAGGCAGGCAGAAAAAUCGAGAGAGAGAUGAUAAAUCAAGCAUAGAAAUGACCGAUUACAACGAAGGUUCAACAAAGGAUGCAGGAGGAUCUCAACCAGCGGAAGCAAGACGAGCUCCACCAGCGGAAGCAGGACGAGCUCCACCAGCGGAAGCAGGACAAGCUCCACCAGCGGAAGCAGGAAGAUCGCCACCAGCAAAGGACUCGGCAAAUGACAACGAAGAAGACCCAGGAAAAGGCAGUCCGAAGGGAGCCCCUGCCAAAGUUGACACAAAGCAGUGCAUACCAGAUGGUACGGGACCAGUAGUCUUCGUAUGCGCCGAACAAUUCACCAACGUCUCGAGAGCGCGCUCAGCUUUCAUUGGUGCCAAUGAUACUGACAGAACGACUAUGGAGAAUUUGCGCAAAGCAUACAAUGCUCUGGGAAGCCGAUACUUCUGGAAGCGACGCACUGGCGUCAAAUUCUAUCGUGAGGUUCACCACGUGCAAGUAUUUAAAGGAGAAGAGGUAUUGCCCCUGAAUCACCCUGAGUACAAUUGUGAGAUUUAUGCGGACUGGGAAGAGAAGGACCCACUUCCCAGCGGCGAACUAUGGCAUUACUUCAACGACCCAAAGCAAUGCGGCACAGACUCGACACUGCAGAAAAUGCUCCCCAAGAAAAUCAAUAAUGAUGUGCUAGCCAAGAAAAAGGUAUAUGGGAUGUUUGUCGAACAGCGACAUUCCGUCUGGCAGAUUGUCAUAUUGAACUUACUCGUGCUCGCGCUCACCCUGGGCGGCACAGCGUGGUUCAUCCCACGCUAG